CCGACAGGCACUGAUUGGACAAUUUCUUUGCCAAAGCAAUCUUCCAAACAGUUUCCUGCGCUUUGAACUGUAUUUACAUAACGAUUUCCCAGGAUUUUCGAGGUACCCAGUGUGCACAGUAUCUUUCUCCAUGUGGAAGUGUUUAUUGAAUUAGAAAAUAGCCGAGAAAUCAGGCGAUAAGCGAGGUGAAAGCAGGCGAUACUGAUCAAGAAAAAGGGGGAGGAGGUGGUUCCUCUGAAGAAAUCGAAUCUAAUCGAGAGCUCCGCCACUUGAUAGCAAAAUGGAAAAUCUGUAAAGCUAUCGGCAAAUGCAAAAGGAACUGGGAUUAGUAUCCUCCGAACUGGGACUGGGUUUCGAUUUAGAUUUGGGGGCCGCGGAGCGGUGUAAAUGCGUGCGGCCGUUGGCCUGAUGCUGUCACACGGUGGUGGUGGCGUGGAGCCAGCGAUGUCCCGGCCGGAUUACGAGCAGAGCGCCCUGCACCACAGCUGCCUGCUGGUGCUGCUCCGUGGCGUGGGACCAUCUCGCGCCCGAAUCCUCCAGCGGGCGUUUGAGAAAGUGCGACGUGUCAACCACAUUCGGGUGAAUGACUCCUCUGGCAAUCCACGCUCUAUUUGGAUACGCUUUGUUCACGAUCAUCCCGUGGAACACAAUGAUUGGGGCGACUUCCAGACACAUCGACGUCUGCUUGGACUUAUCACUAUAGGCAAAUUCGAUAACCAAACGGAACUUAAUGAGCUGUGCCGUCAGCAUGAAUCCCUGAAAGUUCGGUAUGGCUCUACUCUGUACGAAUCCCGUGCCAUUUUCUUUGGACCCGGAGAACCGCCACUGGAAACCAUUGGCGAGGUUCUACCACCACAGGCGCCAGCUGUAGGAAGUCGCCUACAGGAUGAGUUUACUACGCCCUCGAACUUUAAGGCUCAGGCCUUCUUCUAUCGCGAACAUGAUCCUUGCGUAGAUCUGGAAACUCGGAUUGGAGACUUUGCCAGCGCCUUGUUUUGGGUUCUGGAAUCGCGACGUUUGGAGAGAUCCCGAGAGAAGGCGGACAAGGUGAGCCUGCUGCUCGCGCCCUUUGAAAAAAGAGACUUCGUGGGUCUAGAUAUGGAAUCCAGAAACAAUAGAAAAAGAUGCGUGGGUCGUGUGAUGAAGAACUUGGCGGAUCUGUCGCUGCAAGCGGGACUAGUGGACGAUGCUCUAAGCUUAUACCACAAUGCAAAUGAAACUUUGAGGUCAGUCGGUGAUUCCCUUUGGGUUGGGGCCACGGAGGAGGGUCUCUGUGCAGCAUCCGCAAUGUUAUUGUAUCCACAAAUGCGCGAGAUCGAGACACUGCACAGAAACUCUUCGCUUCAGGAAGCGGGUACCUCUCCUCUGAAAAACACGCCUGAAAAGUGGCGUGCUAGCGAUGCCACCAAGAAAAUCAGUGCCAGUGAUGCAACUGCGAAUAAUGUGGAUUCUACCCAGCAACAGCAACACCGCAUGACCUCCAACUCAUCUUCCUGCUCAUCGGUAUCUUCCUUGAUAACGACCACAACAACUUCAUCCGCCUCGGACACGCCGACUACGUCAUCAUCUUCCACAUCGACGAUAUCAGCCGCACCGAUUCCGGGACAUCAGAGAAAUGGUGAUCUGCCAGGGAACAUUCUCAAGGCGGAGGAGAUCACCAACUAUUAUCGCAAAGCCAUUAUUAACUACAGUAAAUAUAGGCAUGCAGCUACAAUUGAAACUGAGGCGGCUCUGAAAGCAUCGCGAAUUUGCAUAGAGCAGAAUCGUCCAUUGGAUGUGGCCAUGUUCCUGCAGAAUAUUUUGCACAUCAACCUUAGCAUGAGCGAGCCGGAGCGCGUCAAGAGAUUCGAGAUUAUAACAGAACUCUACCAACAGAUCGGAUAUCAAAGAAAGGCAGCUUUUUUCCAACGACUCGCAGCACUGAAACAUGUGCAGCAAGGCAGCCAGGCGCCAGACUGGAAUCAAAGCUAUCGCCUCAUGUUGGGUAGUUUUACAGGUUAUUUACUUUGCUUGGAUCCGCUUGAGGUGCUGGAGAAUGCUGCCGGCUGGCCGGCACUGCAAAUUGAUCAGGUCCAGACCCUCAUAACGGCCGCCAGGCGAUUGGGACACUCAGCUCUGGCCACACGGCACAUGACCUUUCUGCUGCAAACGCAGUGGGAUAACAUGUCGCCAACGGAGCAAAGCGAGAUGGCUGUGCAACUGCAGAAUUUAAGCGCCCAGUGCGAGGGCUCACCUGUUCCCUUGGUGCUGGAGAAUGGCACUGUGAUACCACCCGCUAAUCUCACGGAUCUGCCCUACUGCCUUGAUCUACAGGUUAAAGAUUUGCCCGCACACUUAAGACCGCAGCGAAUUAAGGUGGCAAAGGCGGACAGCGGGCCUUUUCUCUUUACUCCGAUACACUUUAAUUCGGUCGACAGAAGGGACAAGAAAAAGGACAAAAAUAAAAUAGCUUUUCAGUGGGUGCAAAACGACCUUAGUGAGGUGACUGUGCGCCUGCGUAAUCCCUUACCCUUUGAGUUGGCCGUAACGGACAUGAGAUUAUUAACGAACGGUGUGGUUUUUGAGUCUCUGCCACAGACUAUUGUUCUCCAGCCACAUGUUCCUACAUAUGUUGCGUUGCAUGGUACGCCCAUUGAGACAGGGCAGCUGGAUCUGCAGGGCUAUAGCACGCACACGCUCGGCGUGAAAUCCAAUUGCCGGCUUAAGCACAUGCGUGAUCGUAGCUUUCCCCCUAACUACUUGGUGGAUGUGAUUCCUGCCCUUCCUAGGAUAUCCGUGAAAACUUCGCUGCCUCAAACAGCAACGUUUAGCAAUAUGAACAGUGCUGAUAUAGUGGUGACCUCUGCUAGCUUAACCCUGUACAAUGGAGAAUCCUCCAGCUGCACGAUAACUAUCACUAAUGAGAGCGCCACGCUAUCUCUGGAGCACCUAGAUGUUAACAUCAACUCUAAUGUAGAACAGGAGCUCCAGAAAAAGAUCUUCCGUAUAGAUAAAGAUGAUUUGAUGUCGAAGCUGCCAGUACCUCCUCAGGGCUCCAUUGAAAUUGUUUUGAAUGUUUAUGCUGAAGCGGAUUUUGUGUGUCCCCAUCCACCGCCUUCGUUGCAAUCAAGCGCUGCUGCCGGGGACUACGGUGCUGCCUCAUUAACGCACUGCUCCAACUUUUCCACAUCUGGACACGCCAGCUUACCAUCGAGAGUGGGAUCUCCACAACAUCGUCGAAACGAGCCUCAGAAUUCGAGUUUCCGAUCAACGUUUUCAGGCGGUCAACCUUCGCUGGCUGCUUUGAGCCUGCAGCCAGGCGGUGGUGGAGGAGCAGGACCUUCCAGUCUAGGAUCGCAAUAUUCCCAGCACAUAGAGGCACAAGUCCGAUUGAAGUACUCCGGGGGAGAAGCUCUUACGGCGGGAUACUGUCGUCAGUGUGCGGUGUCUUUUAAUCUAGAACUUUUGCCCAGCGCGCAGAUAACUAGCUGGGAUGUGCUUCCCGCAGAAGUAGCCUCCCAAUUUUACCUGGUACUUGACAUUUCCAACCUGACCGCUCAAGAAAUGUCGCUCAACUAUACGGACACCAAGAAUAUACUCAUCGAGGCCAAAGAAAGCUGCCGGGUACCGAUACCCGUGGAUCGCUGCUCUCUGGAGCAAGUGGUUGCUGCCCGAGCAGCCGAGGUAGCUGAGAACCUGGAAAGAGAACUCUGCUUUCGGACUCAGUUGCUGUCGUUUAAUGAUGCUCUGAGCAAGCUCUGCUCAAUUCACAUAGCAGAACGGGUGAAAAUCAAUUGGCUGUUGACAGGAACUGAUAUCCAGGGAAUCGCUUCCCUGCGAGGAAUUGUUCUCUCACAGUCGAUGGUGGAUUUGACAGCUGUAUCGCCUUUGGAGUGGGCGAUCAGCUUUCAGGAGACACCUGUCCAGCCACACAGUGAGAUUGUGUGCACGGUAGGCCAGCGUGCUCUGCUUAGUAUUCAGCUAGCAAAUCAAUCCCUGCAGCCACUUAGGAACUUGGUGCUAAGCAUUAAGUUUUAUCAGGAUUAUCUAAAUGGUAUGGAGAAUUACAAUUUGGAGACACGCGUGGCUAUUUCAGGGCCAAAUAGAAUUGCAAUUCCCCUGCUGGACAAGCAGGAGCAGAAACAGCACACAUGCUCUGUGAUAUUCUUUACGCCUGGACGCUUUAAGGCCAGCAUCGAGUGCACCAGCAAUCCGCAGAAGCAGCCAGAGCAGCCAGCGUCACUGCUAACCCGUUCCUGUCCGGCGGAAUCGGAGAAUGUCGCCCCAUCGGUCAUGUUCUCCUCCAGCUACGAUGAACAGCAGGUUCAUGUGUGGAAGUUCAUUCCGCCCAUUGAGGUGACCGUCGUGGAGCAGUGAAAUGUUAACUGUCGCUAGUUUAAUUUCGUUAUUAUAUUUGUAUAUGUAUUGUGUAUACACCCAAUUCCCCACUAUCCAGUUAAAUAGUUUGAUUCCCUCGCUCUGUUAUACCCACGAAUACGAAAAGCAAUUGUUUGUAAAGAAUUCUAAACUAGAUACAAAAUAUAACGCAUAACUCUGUAUAUAAUUAAGCUCAAACAAAAUACUGUACCCUAAGCUUGAUAGAAAAAAAUGGCCAUAACAUAAAUCUUAUUGAAUCUAUAGUCCAUGCCUGUAAAACAUAUACUAUAUAAAUAUUUAAACAUGCGUUACGCCGUGGUGUAUUUAUAUACAUAGAUAGCAAAUGUUCCGCGCACCUCAAAACCACGCCUAGCAUUAUACAUUUUGAUAACAAGCUCGUAUUUACAAAAUAUUUUUAUACAAUUACCGGGGCAAUACAUAUGUAUCAUUAUGAAUUACAAAUUAAGAUUGUUGCUAAAGAAAUUAUGCCAAUGAAAUGUGUGAAUAACUGUAGUGUGUAAACGCAAUAAACUCUAUUUGACGAAA